AUGAUUUUCACACCAACCGUAUGUUUACCUUUGGAGUCACGCGAUAUAAACAAGCCUCGUCUCCAUAAUCGUUCCCAGAGGUCAACGCAAGCUCAGUUUGGAAAGAAGAUCAAUAUGGCGGAUGCUUAUGAAGGUGUCAGUCGUGGUUCUUUAAAGCUAAAAGGAGUCGCGGACGGGGGUGUAAAAAAGUAAGAGACUGUUUUCUGGAUCCUUUCAACUUUUAAGAAAAAAUUGUAAACGAAAGAUUAUUCUUGUUUGACUUUUUAAGAUUUUUUUCGUAACAUCUUUCUAGCGUGUUUGAGGCCUCUUUAUACUCUAGACAAACUCCCUUCUUGAUAGCCCGGGCGCCACGUUUUCUGGUAUGAUAGAUCUCCCAUAUCAAAAUAAGAUGGGUUAUUUCAAUUUUCUUGAGAAGAAUUCAUUAGACUACAGUGUGUUAGAAUUAUUUUGGACAAGUAGCGGAAAUUGACACUCGAACAAUUACACAGUUUUUCAUUUUCAUCAAAAAUUUGUCUUUAAACUUUGGACUGAAAGUGUUGUGAGUCUUGAUCUUAAGACUUUCUUUAAACUAAAUAGGAAAAAGAAGAAAAACAAGGAGAAGAAAAAGCUCGAGGAAGCGGCUGCAGAGAGCAUGGCUAAAGGAAGUAAUCAGGAAAAACAGAAUUCAGCUUCUGAAGAUUCAAGAACCCCUGCGCAGAAAGCCUAUGAUAAAAUCCAAGAAAAACGAGUAAAUUUAUUACUUAGCUUGUUUUCUUAUUAUCCCCUUGACUCUUGCAUUUUUUAGCUUAAACUGCUGUAAAAACAACAGCAACAACAACAAGAACAAUUUAUUACAACCACAACAACAGAAAAAAAAUUUCUGUGAUUUAAAAAUAUAUAUUCUAUAAAAGCGAUUUUUGUAUGACCAUGAAUUGAAUAUGCAUGAAAAAAACAAAACACAAGAAUACAAUGUAAAUAGAGUGAUUUGAUUGGUUUAAUGAUCAAAUACAAUUUGUGCAGAUGGCUUGGUUAGUUCUGUGAACUUUCUAGAAAUCAAAUGAUACCUCGCUUAGUUCUCAUUCUCUAUUCAGCCCAAUUAACAAACACUAAGUUUUAAGUAAACAGAAACCAUUUUUAAAGGUCAUACAAAAAUUGCUCUUUGGUUUGUUGAUUGGAUUGUAUUUUCUGAAUGCAUUGUGAAAUUCUACCCAGUCUAGCGUGCAAGCUAAGAAUUCCCUUUUGUCAAAAGGCUACCAGGUAUAGCUUGUAUGUAGACCUCUCCUUAGUCUAUGAAUACAGCUGCCUCUUAUUUUUUCGUGUCAAUUCAUAAGAGUGGCCAUGAGAUGUGGCCCUACUCACAGGCUAAUUUUUCUUUCUUUGUCUUUGUUGUGUGAAGCAGAGAAGGUAUUCUUCAUAUUUAUAAUGUUAUAUGUUUUCCCUUUUCAUUUUCUACAGGCUGCAGAAAGGAUUCUGAAAAAAGCAGAACAGACUCAUAAGCAAAGAGUUGAGGUGAGCUUGGAAAUUCCAUUGUUAAAAGGAAUAGUUACAAAAUGAUUAUUACAUUAAAUUAUUGCAUUAAUUCACAUCUCUGAGAUACAUACAGCAUUCACAAAUAAGUUGACUCUGAUUGGAGUCACCAUUCAGCUCAAUUCACACUUUGUGUUAGAAUCAAGUAUUACAAAUCAGCCAUUGAGAGUUGAGUCUCGAGUUGAGACUUGCAAGACAUAUGAAUGUGCUUUUCUGAUUUCUCGGUAUGCAUAAUUUUAUGUGAAUCAAUUCUCCAUCCCUUUACUCAAUUCUUGAAACUUUAAAGUUAAUGCAAGGGUCAUGUAUUAGGUGUCAAGUUGAACAGUAUUAUACAAGCAAAGUUUCAAUGUCAGACGGUGAUGACAGUAGCAUAAAAAUCCAGAUCUUAAAAAAAUCACAUCAGUCUGUUAUCAAAACUACUCCUUGGACUAGAAUUUCUUAUUUCAGUCAAAAAGUCCCUCCUUCCAUAGAAUUGUCCCCAGAUUGUAUGUUUGCCAAAGUACAAUAAAUUGAUUGUCUUUCUUUUCAUAGACUAGCUUCAGCUACUUAUAUUUAGCUUUUUGCUUUUUAUUGUUAUAGAAAUUUAAUGAAUAUCUUGAUGGGCUGACAGAGCAUUAUGACAUCCCUAAAGUCAGUUGGACAAAGUAACCAUCCCGGAUGUGUCUUCGUCAAAAUGGAUAGUAAUCAAACCACUGCUCAGAAGAACCAACAUAAUUUUAUGUCAGCUACAUGUUCUCAUGCCUGAAUGCUCUCUCAGACAUUAAACCAAGGCGUUUAUUGUGCAUGGAUCAUCACAUC